UCCGCCCACUCACAGGACACAAAGGAGUUAUUACAUCAGCACUGAACAAGGAGCCCACUGUCAUUUCUAUGUAUUUCAUACAUCUACAUGUGUGUGCACAUUUAAACCGGCCCUAUUAAUUUUUGAUUGGACAUUUAAAUAUUGAACAAUAAAAAAAAGAAUCUUAAACAGGUAGAACAACUGCCCUUUAUGUACAAAAGGCAGGGGAUAUUUUUACGGUGCAUGUGCCCAGCACAGAAAGACAAAGACUAAGCAGAGAUCUCCAGUUUCUACGUCUAUUGCUUUUUUUUUUUGUACACACUUGAAAAUGCCCGAAUUGUUGAUGGAAAUAGAGGAGGAGGAUGUUGUUCCCGACAGAAGGGCACUGAUAACUGGUGCUUCUGGCCUUCUUGGCCGAGCCGUGUAUAAAGAAUUCAAGGACAGCAACUGGCAUGUGUUGGGCUGUGGGUAUAGCCGAGCACGACCCAGAUUUGAACGUCUUAACCUACUAGACCCAACAGCAGUGAGAUCAUUGAUCCAGGACUUUAAGCCCCAUGUAAUCAUACAUUGUGCAGCAGAAAGAAGGCCAGACAUUGUGGAAAAUCAGCCCGAAUCUGCUUCCAUGCUGAAUGUGGGUGCUUCUGAGAAUUUAGCAAAAGAAGCAGCCAAAAUUGGUGCAUUUAUGAUCUACAUAAGUUCUGAUUAUGUUUUUGAUGGACGUGAUCCCCCUUACAGCGAAGAUUCUAUACCAAAUCCAUUAAAUACUUACGGAAAAACAAAGUUGGAAGGGGAAAGAGCGGUGUUACGAAAUAAUGAAGGUGCUGCUGUGCUUAGAGUUCCUGUGCUAUACGGAGCAGUUGAAAAAAUUGAGGAAAGUGCUGUUACUAUAAUGUUUGACAAAGUACAGUUUAGCAACAAGUCAGCCAAUAUGGAGCAUUUGCAGCAAAGGUUUCCGACAUAUGUGAAGGAUGUUGCUGUGGUUUGCCUUCAGUUAGUGGAAAAGAAACUGCAGGAUCCUUCCCUAAGAGGAAUAUUUCAUUGGUCUGGAAACGAACAGAUGACUAAAUAUGAGAUAGCUUGUGCUAUGGCUGAUGCCUUCAACCUCCCUAGCAGCCAUUUAAGACCAAUCACAGAUGAACCUGUUGGGGCCACCCUUCGACCAAUGAACCCACGGUUGAACUGCUCAAAGCUGGAGAUGAUGGGCAUCGGCCAGAGGACACCAUUUAGAGUGGGCAUCCGGGAGUCCCUGUGGCCAUUUCUGGUUGACAAGCGGUGGAGACAGACAGUCUUCCAUUAGAUAUUAGAAUGUAGUUUCUUCAGAAGAAAGAAACUGUCACUUUUUUUGGUUUUUCUUAAAGAAAAUUUAGUUUUGUAUGCAUGUUAUAAGGUUUUUUUUAUGUCAACUGGCAGCUUUGUUUACAAAUUGUGGAGCAAUAUUGUCACAUGCCUAAUACAUUUUGUUUACUCCUUGUCUACUGAAUCAAAGGGAUGGGAGAAUAUUGGUUUGCAGGGUGCACAUUAAAUAUGUGCGGCAAUAUAGAUUGUGUAUGGUAGCUUAUUGAAACUUAAUGGCUAGUGAUUUAUCCUGUCAUGUACAGCCAUGUUUUGAGUGUAUAUGCAAGUGAACCUAUUACUUUAUUAAUUAAAUUUAGUACAAUAAAUUGUUGACAAGAUUUUAAUUUUACCUACUUCUAUCAUCAUCAAAACUACAUUUAAAACUGUAAACUUUGCUUGUAAACAUUGCUGUUUUGUAGUAUUAUAGAUUAAAAUAUUUUUACAACUUAAAUGUUUCUAAGUAUGUGUAGCACAUAUUGGAAUAUUGCAACCAAUUAACCAUUGUUAAAACUGGCAUUUAAGAGCUGCAUGGAACAAAGCAGUGAUAGUGGACUCAACAGUUCUGUGUAAAGGUAUUUCCUCAUGCCAAGACAGAGGCCUCGUUUUUACUUAACUGUAAGUAUGUAGAAUGCCAAGCAGUAACAAGUUAUUUCUGGUUACAUUGGCACCGAGCUUGACAUGGAAGACUGGCCAUAACGAAUUUAUUUUGUCUUCUUUUUGAAUCUUGUGCUUAAAGAGCUAAUUUGUCCAACCACAUUUUCACGUUGUUGCUCAUAAUGCGGUCCUGUUAAGACCAUUCACAAUUUCUUCUGUGCAGAGGUUUAUUUAACUUUCUAUACAGAAAGAGUUGCAUCUUGAACUUUUUUUCUUCUCUUAACAGCGGUUUGAUCAUAGUACCGGUUUUAAAUUACUACUUUGUUGUGUGAUAAAGUCUCAUCAGCUGUUAUAAAUGAGAUGUAAGAUGUAGGACCCACAGAUGGUGCCUAGCAAAAUAAUGCUAAACAUUUGUGGGCCAUGAUUUUGUAUGUAUUAACAUGCCUACAUGUGAUCUGUUGGAAAAAGAUAUUUAAGUCUGCUUACUUAGUGUUGUGCAUCUGAUAGAUAAACUCUUUAGUGUUUGUACUUGCAGUUUAAUUUUGUUGCAUUCAAAAUAAAAAUAAAAAAUUAGAU